AUGAGCUACUCUCCAAUACACCGAGAAGUCCCUGAAGGAUGGACUACCGACCCUUUUUACGCAUCAUUUCCCAUCAAAGGAAGAUGGGCGAAGAUUGCGAAAAGAUGUGGUCUUGUAAAUCCAGUAGGCCUCAUGCAUGACUCUCCGGAGUCAGGGGAAACCAUGGGUUUAAUUUCAGCUGGAGGGCGGUAUUUCUUCACGGAUGAUAUGACAUGGUCUAUUUUCGAGAUUAUUAAGCCAAAGACUCUGGAUGAGAUCUUGAAGAUGAUGUUUGAUGGGAAAGAGAGAUUGAUUAAGACGAAACGUUUGGAGGAAGUGAUGACGAAGGAGGAUCUGGAGGAGGAGAAGAAGGAGAAGGAGGCACGUCUUGCGUCACUGGAGCAGGCAAUGAAGGAUAACAGAAUUCCUGGACUGGGAGGCAAUAGACUAGGUGGUAAUGUCUCACCAUGCUAG